AUGUCUGAGUCAGUUGAGGGCUCCCAGGUUCAGGUCCACGGAGAUGAGGUCCAAGAUGCUUUCUGGGACUACAUCAGUCAGUUGACCAACAAUGCCAAGGACAAUAUUGACCAGAUCCAGGGCUCAGAAAUCAGCGAUCAGCUCCGUGAUUUCCUAAAGGAUAAUGUGGAGACUGUCCAAGACUACACUGAGAAUAUCCGCCAGAAACUGGCUCCCCUCACAGACGAGCUGCGUCUGAAGGUGACGUUUGACAGUGAGAAACUUCGGCAGACGAUCAGGCACGAGCUGCAGGACCUGAGCAGGAAACUUGCUCCUUUUGCUGAUGGAGUCCACCAGAGCCUGAGUAGAAACCUUGCAGAAUUCCACCGUAAGCUGACACCUUACAAUGAGCAACUCCAACAGCAGCUGAGGAAUAAUGCUGAGGAACUUCGCCAGACAGUGGCUCCCUACACCAAAGCUCUUCAGGACAAACUGAGCGAGAAUGCUGAAAACCUGAGGGGUGUUCUCACUCCCUACGCUGAGCAGCUUCAGCUGGAGAUUCAGGACAAUGUCAAUAAUCUCAGGCAGAAGGUGAGUGUAAACGCGAGGGAAUUCCGCAGGCAGCUAGAUGAGAAAGUGCAGGAGCUCCGCGACAGCCUGACUCCUUACGCCAGUGAUGUCCAGAACAAGAUGAACCAGCAGAUCAGUGAAAUGACUCAGAGGGUUGUACCUUACGCUGAGGAGCUGCAGACAAAGCUGGAUGAGAAUGUGGAAGGUCUGAAGCAAAGGCUAGUCCCUUACAUUGCAGAGCUGAAAGUGAAACUCAAUGGGAACUUGGGAAGCAUGAACCAGAAUCUGGCUCCAUACAUUGAAGAUCUCAACAGCAUUAUUAACCAGAACAUUGAAGAGUUCCACCAGAACAUCACCCCCUAUUCAGAGGAGCUGCAUCAAAUAAUUAGUCAGAAUGUCCACGAGAUGCAAGAGAGACUCGCACCAUACGCAGAAAUUCACCAGGAUCUUCAAAUCCGCCUUUCAGCUUUAUGGGACAAAUUCCGUCAGAACAAGGAGAACUGAUUGAGAAAUGGAAAGUUAUUUCAUCAGACUGUGUAUCAGGAAUGCAGAACGUUGUUGGAGGACAGAGAACUGUUUGAUUAUAAAUAUUACCAUGUAUUUAAACCACU